AACGUUCCGGGCUUGCGACAUUAAUAACUUAACAGAACGAUAAUAUGAGCGAUAGCCAAUUAACAUUAACGACCAUUAAUGCAAUUACGUUAAACCAUUGCUUUUAAACAUCUGAAUAUACCGUCGACACGGCAAACCUCAGACGGAACACCUUAAAACAGUCCGGUUGCCACCCGGAAAGUAAUAAUUGUCAUGCCAGCCAGCUAUGCUAGCAUAGCUGUAUCGAGCUCUCCGUUAGCUAGCAGGAAUAUGUCCAAAAUGUCCCAAAGUAGUUAAAGUUAAUGAUUUAACUUAUCAUAUUUUUGUGGAAUAGCAUUUCCAUUAACAAUAGCUAGUUAAUAAUUUAAAAAACGAGUCAUAUUAAGCGAGGCAGCAAGUAAAUGAUGAUGGAGAGAUUUGAAGGAUACAUUUUUACAGCUCUCUGUAGCACGAAUUUUUUAAUAUCCUGUCUUCUCUUUUCUAAAAUCACACGAGAACAAAGAGACCCGUAUAUGGAUGAAAUAUUUCAUGUGCCACAAGCGCAGAAAUAUUGUGAAGGGAAAUUUAACGAGUGGGAUCCUAUGAUCACUACGCUACCUGGUCUGUACCUGGUGUCCGUAGGAGUGAUCAAACCGUUGGUAUGGCUGGCAGAUUGGACAGGUGACGUUGUGUGCUCUACUGCGAUGCUGCGCUUUGUUAAUCUUCUUUUUAACUGCGGGAACCUCUACAUACUGUAUGUCACCAUCUGCAAAUUACACCUCAAAGACAAGUCCCGGGCCGCUGGACGGAGGGUGCUGUCUGCUCUGACCCUGUCUACCUUUCCGGUGCUCUACUUUUUCACGUUCCUCUACUACACGGACGCCGGCUCAACCUUCUUCACCCUCUUCGCCUAUCUCAUGUGCCUGUAUGGCUGCCACAAAGCAGCGGCUCUCCUGGGCAUCUGUGCCAUGCUCUUCCGCCAAACCAAUGUCAUCUGGGUGGCUUUCUGUGCCGGCUCAGUCGUGGCUCAGAAAAUGGACGAGGCCUGGAGGUUGGAACAGUCGAAGAAGAGGGAUGAGAAGUCACCCUCGCGGAUCUUGCUGGCAGUCAGCGGGGCGAGGAAAGUAGCGCGCUUCUUGCUGGGAUAUCUCACAACGCCCAUCAACAUAAAGGCAGCGGUCUCAUCGACGUGGCCCUACGCCGUGGCUGGUUUGGGCUUCGUUGCCUUCGUGGUUUUCAAUGAUGGGAUUGUGGUUGGCGACAGGUCCAGUCACGAAGCUUGCCUGAACUUCCCUCAGCUCUUUUAUUUCUUCUCCUUCACUCUGGUCUUCUCCCUGCCUGUCUCUCUCUGCCGUCAGCAGCUCAUAAAGUUCCUGCACGUUCUCAAAAAGCACCUUUUGCUGCUUCUGCUCGUAACAGUUGUGUCCCUGCUUCUGGUCUGGAAGUUCACUUUUGUUCACAAGUAUUUGCUGGCAGACAACAGGCAUUUUACUUUCUAUGUGUGGAAGAACAUCUACCAGAAGCACCAGCUGGUUCGCUUCCUCCUGAUCCCUGGGUAUUUGUUUGCUGCAUGGAGCUUCCUGGACACUCUGAAGUCCAAAUCCUUGUUUUGGAUCUUGGCGUUUUGUGUUUGUUUAGUGGCCGCUACAGUUCCUCAGAAGCUUCUGGAGUUCCGCUAUUUCAUUGUGCCAUAUCUUCUGUACCGCAUCCAUAUUCCUCUGCCUUCUCUCCCCAGACUGCUGCUCGAGUUUGGACUCUACACAGUAGUCAACGCAGCCACGGUCUACAUAUUCCUGCACAAGACAUUUCAGUGGGACAAUAGUGACGCUGUGCAGAGAUUCAUGUGGUGAUUUCUGAACAUUAUAAUAUGGUCACUUUUUUUUACUGAAGCAAAUUAAGAGAGGAUCUUCUUACUCACCACUUAAUUUCCUGUUGAUUCAAGUCAGCAAAUAGGCAACUUGAAGUUGCCAAAAAGGACACUGAAACAUUCUCAUUUGGAAGUGUAAUAAUUUUUUUACAAUAUGCCCUGUCACAUUAUGCUAGUUUAGAAUUUCCAAUGGUGGGUCAAACAAGCAAGAGGUUUUCAAAAAUUGUCCUUUUGUUGUUUUGAGUGACAUUUGUGCUUACGGUGUUCAUUGUUUAGUUUUUUUUUUUGCUGCUUCUGUGUUAGUAUUACUGUUUAAGGAGUACAAGAUGGAAGUCUUCUACAGUUCCUCACUUGAUUGCUUUUUCCUUUUGAAUGGCCUUUUCUUUGAAAGGUACCUCUUCUGUGUUUAAUGCAUAGUUAAGGUGCAAUCCCCCAUUUUGAGGGAAUGACAGGAAUUAUAAAGUGCUUAUGUUCCUUGG